CACAUGCAUGAGUCAGAAGAUCGAGUGCAUUAUUUAAAAACAAAUUUUAUUUCUUUUAAUGGCACUAAAUAAUUUAAAUAAUUAUAUUGCUUACACCUUUCAAAAUACUUCUCAUAAUAUUUUAGUCGUAUAUCUUUCACCAAUUAUUCAAGAAAUAGUUGAGACAUUUCUUCACUUAAUUAGGUAUCAUUCAAUAUAUUUGGACCUAGGUAGAUACUGGACAUCUCGGGCAACUGUUCCAAUCCUGGACUUUUAUUUUAUGUUACAAAGUAAUUAUAAUGUUAAUAAAAAUACAUUCAGUAAAAAACAAAAACUUGAAAAGAAUAUUAGAACAUAUAGUUUAUUUGGCUAUAAUAUUUAUUUUGAUACCAGGUUUCUUUUAUUUUGAACUCUGUAUAGUAUUACCUGUUGUAGUGGAAGAAUGGACGUUUGCUCAUUUUAUACAUUUAAUGUGUGCAACAUUUUUAUUAGUAAAUAUUGUAGGUAAUAUGAUUUACGGAAUGUUUACUAACACUACCAUUAAAGGAAGAUAUCUUGAUAGCUUCAACAAGUGUGACUGGACAGUAUGUAGUGUAUGUGAAUGCUUACGGCCACCACGUGCAUGGCAUUGUAAUACAUGUGAUAUUUGUAUUUUAAAAAGAGAUCACCAUUGUACUUUUUUUGCUUCUUGUGUAGGUUAUUUUAACCAUAGAUAUUUUAUAUUAUUUACGCUAUAUAUUUUUAUAUCAAUGGUGUAUGCAUUUUAUUAUAAUGUUAAAUUUUUAGCUACAUUUAUUACAUGGAAUCAUGGAUUAGUUAUUAUAAAAUUUAUAUUCCCCUUAGCUAGUUUUGUAAUAGAUUUUAGUAAGGAAAGCCUUUAUGUAUUUUUAGUUGUAAUUAAUUUUAUUAUAGGAAUAUUUUCUGGCUUCUUAUUCUUUUAUCAUUUUAAUAAUUUAUUAAAAGGGAAAGUAGUUCCUGAAACAAAAAAGGGAAGAAACCAAUUAUUAUAUAAUAGAGGAUGGAAGGCAAAUUUAAUAGAGGUAUUUGGUUCCAGGUGGUAUUUAACCUGGAUAUCACCAUUUAUGCACAGCCCUUUACCAGGUAAUGGGGUGGAAUGGGUAGUGGAAGAUAAGUAUAAAUAAGAGAGAAAUAUAUACUUUAAGGCAAUAAGAAUGAAUUCAAGUUAAAAUUUCCUAAACAAUUACAAUUAGAAAGAAAUAAAUAAUAUGUGGUCACUGUUUUUUAAACUAUGUAUAAAUUUUAUAACUAAGAAUUUUUGGUCAGAUAUCUAAUGUUGAUUUACUUGAAUGUCUACACAAUUUUCCCUGAUAUACUAACUGGCAAAUGAAAGUUAGGUCACUUUACAAUCUUUCAAAAUAAUAUCCUUAUUAUUUUUUCAUCAUACUAAAAAGCAUCUAAUAAGUUAUAAAUAUUUACUACAUUAUAAUAUUUCACAGUAUAUUCAGUUGCGAAUAGUAAUUUGCCUGAAUUAUGUACACAGCAUUAGCAAAUUUUUCUGAAAAUGUAUUUUAUCAAUGAUACCUGUUGUUAAAGUUGAGAAAAUAAUUGUUUAUAUAUGUAACUGUUAAUUAAUAAUGUUAAUUAACUAAAUAAUAUUUUUAGUUUUGCAACCGUAUUUUAUUAUGUAUUUUAUGUUUAUCCUUAUAUA